AUGCACCUGUUUUUGAUCGUAGUUUAUGUCAUCAUGAUUACGUGGAUAGUGGUACUGGGUUGGUGUUCCUCGAAGGAUGUGUUGGUGUUUAAAAAACAAGUUUCCAAGGUAGACGAAAAAUUCGAUAAAUUAUCAUCGCCUUUUAACUAUCAGAGUAUGUUUACUCGGGUUUUGAUAAACGGAACUGUUUGGCUCUUCAGCUCGUUCAUAUUAUGCGGAAUGUAUUUGAAAGUCAUACUGGAAUAUAAAACAGGAAUAAUCGUUCCAUUUGCCAUCGUUAUCUAUCUUUACGCAAAUACCGUUGGAUCUGUCGUCCUUUUCGACUUCAAGACAGGUGUAUUUUGGUUAGGGGUGAGAUUCAAACAGACCAGCAAACUUCUAAGUUCGAUAUUCAUGAAAGACCAUCGAAUAGAACAAGACAUUGAUUCGAUCAGUAAAUCAACUCAAAAUCAUCAAUUUGAAUAUUUUUCCUCUCGCUCGAAAAUUUUUCCCGAGAAUCGAGUUUCCGAUUUCAAAUACAAACCACGGUCCACCAAAAUGAUGUUUCAACAGAUCAGAUUGCUGCAUCUAGAGCUGUGUUGCACAGCUAAACUAUUGAGCAAAGUGUACGAUAUGCAAUUGUUGCUCUAUGCGGUUCUAUUGCUAAUGCACCUCGCUGCGAGUUUAUACUAUAUGUACAUAGAUAUUCACAAUUCGGUAAACUCGUUCAAACUGAAGUUCAAUUUAAUCACGGUAGUAACCGUGGAUAGAGUUGUUAAUUUCAUUAAACUUUGCGUAGUGAGCUAUGACUGCGAGCACACGAUGAAACAGGCAAGCAAAAUGGUAAAAGUCGUCCACGAGUUUUCCUUAUACGAAACAGAUGUAGAAUUGAACGAAGAGUGCGUGACCUUGGUGGCAACAUAUUUGGUCAUCGUAAUACAGUUCAGCUUAGACACCGAUACCGUCGAUGAUUCGGUGACUCAAAACAGUACCAUUCAUUGA